AGGUAAUAAAUAUAAGAUUCAGUUAAUUUCACUGUGAAUUUAAUCCAAUUUUCCAAAUUAAAAGGUUAUUGUUUCAAGGUUCAUAUUCAUCAUGAAAAGCUUGAACCCCACUACCAUAUAAAACCAACUCAGUGUGUAAAGUGUAAACCCAUCAGCCAUCACCAUUGCCAAAACUCAAAAAGCUUAUUCUGGCGGGUUUUCUACUCACUGUAUAUUCAUUCACCAGAGAAAAAAAAAAAAAUCUCAGAAGAUACUGUACCUGUAGAACAAAACUGUGAUGGCUUCAUUAUUACCUGAGGAAAGUGUAGGGCAAAAUUUUACAUGGCCGAAGCCUUGUCCUCCUCCAAGGAAGCCUCGCGUUCUCCUCGCUGCUUGUGGAUGCCUAUCGGCUGCGAAAUUCGGACAGAUUUGCCAAUGUUUCUUGACAUGGGCAGAUAUAAAUACUGUGGUCACAGAAAAUGCACGGGUUUUUCUUGAUAAAUCAUCAUUUCCACAUAAUGUGCAAAUGUUUUCCGAUGUAGAUCAAGGGAGGGUUUGGUCAGAAUCAGGUCCUCUACUCGGUUCGCCUUUACCCUCUGCUCUUUCUAAAUGGGCUGAUGUCAUGGUCGUUGCUCCAAUUUCUGCAAAUACCAUUGCAAAGAUUCUUGGAAGGAUGUGCGACAAUUUGCUAACAACUAUCAUAAGAGUAUGGGACUACGAAAAGAGGCUCUAUCUCGUGCCAUCGAUGGACCCUUUGAUGGGGGCAAAUCCUUUAACAGAGAGACAGCUUCAUUCCCUUCGUGUACUUGGUCCCUAUGUAAUCACACUAGCUGGAGACAACGCUCAUAAGCAAAUGCCUGAUCCUGAAAUCAUUUCUGAAUUUGUGAAAAUAAAUAUCAAGUGAAAGACUGAGAAGAAUGAAAGAUUACGCGUCUAUAAUUGUGGUAUGCAGUAAGCUGAGUUCAUUUUGUUUGGUGAAUCAACAAGAAAAAAGAGUGACUGAUAUUGUGCUGUUUGUUGUAUAAGAAGAGUACCACAUCAUUGGACAGUGAAAAGUGAUGUUCUGUGAAUCAAUAUAAAAGGCCAAGUAAGCCGCGUUAAUAAGCAUACCUUUCUCGGCCUUUUGGCUAAGAUCAAGUGUAGUAUCUGUUCUUAUCAGUUUAAUAUCUGAUAUGUGGGCCAUUGGUCCACACGAUAUUAAAUUUA